AUGACAGUCGAGUCAAACGAUAGAAAUAAGAGGUCUUACUCAGAACUUGAGGACGGGGAGAUAGACCAUACCUCAAUUACGCACACAUCUAACAAAUACAUUAAAAGUGAUGCUUUGUCUGAAUUACAGGAGGAAGCAGUAGCCAAUGAACUUCCUCUAGAGGCAGGGGUAGUUAUGGAUUCAGAAAAUUAUGCUAAAUGGCAAAGCACAAUCAGUAAAGUUGUUCAAUCGGUGGUGUCGAUCCAUUUCUCACAAGUGGCGCCCUUCGACUGCGACCCACCUUUGGUAUCAGAAGCCACCGGAUUCGUUGUUGACUCCGAGCUCGGUAUCAUUCUCACAAACAGACAUGUUGUUGGCGCUGGUCCUUUUGUGGGAUACGUUGUCUUCGACAACCAUGAAGAAUGUGAUGUCAUUCCCAUAUACAGAGAUCCCGUUCACGAUUUCGGAUUUUUGAAGUUCGAUCCUAGUAAAAUUAGAUAUAUGACUGUACAGACACUAGAACUGAGGCCAUCAUUGGCCAAGGUGGGUUCUGAGAUCAGAGUGGUUGGUAACGAUGCAGGUGAGAAACUGAGUAUUCUCGCUGGUUUUAUCAGUAGAGUGGAUAGAAACGCACCAGACUACGGGGAACUGACAUACAAUGAUUUCAACACAGAGUACAUCCAAGCUGCGGCAGCAGCUUCUGGUGGCUCUAGUGGUUCACCAGUGGUGAAUAUUGAUGGUCAUGCUGUGGCAUUACAAGCCGGUGGUUCCACUGAGGCAUCCACAGAUUUUUUUCUGCCGCUUGAUAGGGUUCUCAGAGCUUUAAAGAGCAUCCAGAAUAACAAGCCCGUGACUCGUGGUACGAUUCAAACUCAAUUCCUUCUCAAGCCAUAUGACGAGUGUAAGAGAUUAGGUCUUACGAGCGCCCGUGAAGCUGAAGCUCGUGAAAAUUUCCCUGGUAAGAUUGGUAUGUUAGUUGCUGAGACAGUACUACGAGAAGGCCCUGCUGAUGGGAAAUUAAAGGAGGGAGAUACCCUCAUAUCCAUCAAUGACAUUGCAAUCUCUUCCUUUAUACAAGUUGAUGACAUCCUGGACGAGAAUGUGGGUCAAAAGAUAGAGGUUCUCGUUCAACGUGGUGGUGUCGAUCAUAAAUGGCAAUGCGAAGUUGGCGACCUUCAUAAAAUAACGCCAUCUCGCUAUGUUGAAGUAUGUGGUGCAACUUUCAAUGAGCUGUCCUACCAAAUGGCAAGAUUUUACGCCUUACCGGUAAAAGGAGUAUUUCUAAGUAGCGCUUCUGGCUCGUUCAAUUUCGAUGCUAAGGAGAAAGUGGGAUGGGUCGUUGACUCUAUUGACAAUCAAAAUACACCUACCCUGGACACUUUUAUCGAAGUGAUGAAAACUAUACCAGAUCGUAAGCGUGUUACAGUAAAAUAUCAUCACUUGACCGAUCAGCAUUCGCCUCACGUUGCGUCUGUUUAUGUGGAUCGUCACUGGUGUAAUGAAUUCAGGAUUUACGAGAGAAAUGAUAGAACUGGUAUUUGGGACUAUCAUAACGUGGCUGAUCCAAUUCCAGCCGAACCAGUGCUGCCACAGUCCGCUAAAUUUAUUGAUAUUCCUAUUGAAAAUACAGAAAUCGCAAAACUCUCUCAUUCCCUUUGUAUGGUCUCUACGGUCUGCGCUAUUCCUUUAGAUUCCAUGUCUGCGGAGACUCAAAAGUCCUCUGGUUUGAUUAUCGACGCUAAAAGAGGGUAUGUCAUUGUUUCACGCCGUGUUGUGCCACAUGAUUGUUUAGAUGCGUUCGUGACCAUUGCAGAUUCUGUGAUGGUGCCUGCUGAUGUCGUUUUCUUACACCCAACACAAAACUACGCAGUUGUAAGGUACGACCCUUCAUUAGUUCGGGCUUCUGUAAUUGCCCCAAAAAUCUCCACCAAGAGAUUAAAGAGAGGUGAUAAGACGCAUUUUGUUGGUAUUACUCACAACAAUAGACUAGUAACAUCCGAGACCAGUGUUAGUGAUAUUUCUUCGGUCAGCAUCCCUAGUAACCUUAUCCCCAGAUAUAGAGCAACCAAUCUUGAGGCCAUCUCAAUUGAUUGCAACGUGAGCACCAAAUGCAACUCGGGUAUUUUGGCAGACAAUGAUGGAACUGUGAGAGCGUUGUGGUUAUCUUUCUUGGGAGAACGUCAGGACGGUAAAGAAAAGGUAUACCUUAUGGGUCUAGACAUAACAGAGUGCCUUGAGGUGAUUGAUAUUUUAAAGCAAGGCAAAACACCCAAAGUGAAUAUAGUAGAUGCUGGGUUUGGUUCAAUUUCUAUUCUUCAAGCUAGAAUCAGAGGAGUUCCGCAGGAGUGGAUUGAGCGCAUGGAGAAGGAAUCUGAUAAUAGACAUCAGUUUAUAACGGUUACAAGAGUUUCAUGCACAGAUAAUGACGUCAAAUUAGAGACUGGUGAUAUAAUAUUGUCUAUCAACGACAAAUUGGUAACCAGCAUGAGUGACCUGGACGGUGUUGUCACGGAGACCCAUGAUACCAGAGAGUCUCAAAAACUGCGAUUCAAAAUUGUUCGCGAUAUAGAAGUUGUGGACCUGGAUAUUAGUCUGGUAGAAGUGAAGGAGACUGAACAGGUUGUUAUUUUUGCUGGAAGUAUCAUUCAAAAGCCACAUCACGCCGUCCGUCAAGCGAUGAUCAACCUUCCAAGUGAAGUAUACUGUAUUUUCAGGGGCGAGUCUUCACCUGCAGUCCAGUAUGGUAUCUCGGCAACAAAUUUCAUCACCCAUGUCAAUGAAGUCGAUACUCCCGACGUUGAAACCUUCCUGAAAGUGGUCAAAACCAUUCCAGAUAAUACCUACUGUAAGAUGAGACUAGUCACUUUUGAUAACGUUCCCUUCGCAAUAUCUUUGAAAACUAACUAUCACUAUUUUCCAACCGCUGAGUUAAAGAAAGAUUUGAAGUCAAACAAAUGGAUUGAAAAGGAAUAUAACAAAACCGAAGAAGCUGAUUCAAAGAACUAG